CAGUUUAUUGAAUGUUUGAUAGGUAAUUGCUGAGAUGGCUGAUGUGGGAGUCGACAGAAGCUUGGAGUGCACAGGCCACAUUUAUGCUAUGAUUUCUGCAUUUGAAUGUGUCCAUGAUGACUGGGGAGUAGCUGUUCUUGUGGGAGAACCCCAUAAAGAAGCUGUGUUCAAGACACAUCCUAUGAACUUGUUGAAUGAAAGGACUCUAAAGGGAACAUUCCUUGGAAACUACAAGCCUCGAUCCGAUCUUCCUUGUGUUGUGGAGAAGUACAUGAACAAGGAACUAGAAUUGGAGAAGUUCAUAACUCAUCAACUCCCAUUUUCUGAUAUCAACAUGGCUUUUGAUCGAAGGCCUUUGUUGCAUCAUGCACAUGGAUCAGUAAACUAAGUAUUUCCCCCAUCAAAUAUGGCAUGGAGCUGCUAAUGACUUCCCUCCCUUACAUUCCUAUGCAAUGUUAUAAAUGACUCUUUUUGUUUUGUGUUUGUGUUUUCCUGUCACAAGUCUUUGUAAUUUAUCUCAUCUUGUAUAACUGGUCGUUUUCGUGGUUAUAUUAAGUUGUGGCA